CAGGGCACAAGUGCCCCACGGCUCUGCCGCCAGGGGGCGCCCUCGAGAAGCUGGCGGGAGCGCACCACGUGGCUGGGCGCUCUGGCGCAGGCGUCGUGCCGAGGCCCUGGGGUCGGCUAAGCCUUGGGCGCCCAUGUAGUCGGGGCCACGGGCGGGUGGGCGGCCCGGCGGAGGCGUGCCUGCGCUCCACCACACAAUGUUGCCCUGGCUUGGGCCGUGGGGCACAGGCCCGGGGGAGGCGCCGGGGGAGCCAGGCCUCUCCACAGGCAGUGACCACGGCCGAGACCGGAGCCCUGGAGAGGAAAGCACGGAAGAGCCAGGGCCGCCCGCGCAGGACAGCCCAUCUGAGGCCGGAGCAAAGCCGUCGCCGCCCUCCAGUCACCUGGCCACUGGGCAGGCCGCCGAAGCCCCGGUACCUCUUUCUCCCCAGGUGACCUCCCGGGUCACCACCUCAAGGAUGACCCCACUGCCACUCUGGGAUCCCAGCCAUGAGGCUAAGGCCAGACCUCAGCUGAUGGGGGCCGGCUGUGGGUCAGGCGUGUCUUUGUCUGGCAGGACACUGUGUCAUCCUUCCUGGCCUAUGUAUGACGCCUGGGGUAGCAUCCCUACCUCAGGGCAUCCAGAAGAAGAGCGGGUGUCCAGGGAUGCAGGGCUCCCGGUGACAAGCUAUGAUGAUGUCUUCCUCUUGGACCCUCUGCUACCCUGUGGGCAGCGUGUUCCCCUGUACCUGUCCAAGCCCCCUCAGCAGGCCAUGGGCUCUCGGAAGCUGCUGCCCCCACCUCCCAUCGUGUCCUCCUCUGUGUGUCCCUCGUCGUCGUCCCAGACCUGCUCCUCCGCCUGGCUCAGCGAAGCAGAGAUGAUUGCCCUCACUGGUCUGCUGCAGAUGAGCCAGAGCGAGCCCCGGUCUCACUCCUUGGCCAGCCCGCUGACCUCUACCAGCUGCCCAGACCCCGUCUCUGCCCCCGAAGACCCAGGCCCCAGUGGUGGCCAGAGCUGUUCUGGAAGCACUGACCCAUGUCCCACACGGAGCCCAGAUACCCACUGUUCAUAGUCCCCUCCCUCCGUGAGUGCUCGCUUCCCACAAGCUGUUCCGUCCACAAUAAAUCCGUUAGUUUGCAAA